AUGAAAGCUAUUAAAUCUAACAUGAAAGCUAUUAAAUCUAACAUGAAAGCUGUGAAAACUAACAUGAAAGCAAUGAUAUAUAACAUGAAAGCAAUGAAAGAGGACUACAACAUGAGCAUAAAAUUGUAUGUUGAGUUUGUGGGAAGUGAAGAGGCCCAGAUCAAGAUAAAAACUGUUGGUCAACGGUUUAUGAAACCGGUCAAUGGAAAUCUUACCCUACCAUGCCGAGCUCUAUAUCUAGAUGACUCAGUGGUGACUUGGAGUAAGGAUGGUUUGGUCAUCAGUGCAGACGGUUUCAAAGUUCGGCAGGAUGACCGUAUAGAUGUGGUGUAUAUGCCCGGGAUAGGAGUUGACCUCCAGCUGACUGGGCUGACCAGGGGGGAUACAGGUUCGAAUGUACGACUCGAAUGUCAUGCUGGGGGUCAGCCUACACCAAGAGUUUACUGGAAUAGACAGCACAACCAGCCCAUGAACUGGAAAGGAAGUACUACCCGUAUAGAAGGAGAUAUAUUAGAACUAUUAAAUAUAUCUCGUGAGAUGCAUGGAGAAUAUACCUGUAACGCUGAUAAUGGAGUAUCUCUCCAACCUGCCUGGCAAAGCAUAAACAUAAAUGUCCUGUAUUCUCCUGAGGUAUCUGCAGAGCGUAGUUGGAUACAUGCUGGGGUUGGGGAGGAUAUAACUUUUAUCUGUAUAGUCUACUCAAAUCCACCAGCUAAGGUUUCCUGGUAUAAACAAACUAUGAAACUCUUAGAUGGAGAAAAAAUUAGAGUUAAAACUGUCGGUGAUACUUACAGAUUCCUUCUGAGUUCAGUAGAGGAGAAGGACUAUGGUGAAUAUAUGUGUAAAGCUGGAAAUAUGCUGGAGGAAGAUGUCACUCAAAUCUUUACACUUACAGGUAAACCUGCCUAUCCCUUAAUAGUUGGUGAUCGCGAGGGCUUGGAGAGGUACAGCUAUGAUUUGAAGUGGGAAGUGUUAUCCUCCUAUUUAAUAUCCUCUCAUGAACUGGUCUACUGGGAAGCAGAUAAGGUUCAGAGUAGUACACCAGUACCCCCCAAGAGUGCACAUUAUAGACGUGUAUUCGCUGCACUUUCAGAAGGAGGGUACACUUACAACAUGAAGGGUCUACAGAACAAUACAUUUUACGAUGUGAUUGUACGGUCCCAGAACAAGUAUGGAUGGUCACCCUACUCAACUGUGUUCACAUUCAGAACAGCAGAGAUAGAUAAGACCCCCCUUGAAGUAAGAAUACCAGCUGAGACAAGCAGACCAAUUUACGAGGGUCAAGCCAUAGCCCCUGAACCUGUAACAUCUGAAGCAGUGAGGAUCCUGUUCACAAGUAUCAUUAGUCCUGUUUUAAUCAGUAUCAUCUCCUGUUUCUAGAAAAUACUUUGCUGUUCAAUGUUUAUGUACGCCAUAUAUUUGUUAAAUCUUAAAAAUGAUCAGAGCCUGCGAUUUCAAAAUUUGUGAAAAUAAGACUCAGGUCUAAACUUUCAUUGAGACUAAUUUUAGACUCUAACUUUGGGAUCUAAGUUGCAACUAAUUCUCCUUAAAGUUGGGUUUAUUAAACUAGUUUAAUAUUGUAUUUGGCGGAUUCCGGGAAUUGAUUAGAAUAAGACUCGAAACAUGUAUUGAGACUAAUUUUCCACUAAAAUCAAAAAAGGUCGGAUUGCUUUAUUUUCAUUGGGUCUAAGUCCUUAAAUCGGGUCUCAGAGCUGGCAGCUGUUGAUCAUGUGACACAAUGUCGUCAGCUGAUUCAUAAGUUGGAUCUAAGAUUCAGCCUUGAAGCUGGGUCUAAGAAAUUAAGACUCGAGCUGAAGCUGUUAAACUGCGGGCUUGCAGGAAUCAUCUGUAAAGAGGAUUGAGCAUUGGAAAACAUCCUAAUUUUAUUAGUAAAAUUACUAUAAAAAAAAACUCCGUGCAAUUUGUCAAUGUUAAAAAUAUGUGUUUUGUUAUUUUUCUACAAAAGAAUCCUUAGUUCUAAUUUCAGAAUCGAUUUUAACAAAUAAAUUAUUCAAAGCAAUUUAGUUUUUUAAAAUUUUUUAUUUUCUUUGUUCACAACAUGAAUGACGUCUAUUACGAAUUGACUGUGUUGUGCGAACUUGUUUCAGGUUUACAUGAAAAACGAAAUUAGUCUGGUGGCAAUAAAUAGAAGUUAAACUUCAAAUUCAAGCUAU